AUGUCUCUUAUAUGGGAAAAAAGGUUCCAACAAUUCCCCUUGGAUGCCUUACAAACGGCUACCAACUACUUCAACGAGUCGAAUAUUAUUGGACGAGGAGGUUUCGGAAGUGUGUAUAAGGGUGUGUUUGAUGACGGAUCCGCCACAACCCUUGUGGCAGUAAAACGUUUGAACAAAUUAGAAUCAAAACAAGGUAGUGGCCAGUUUGAAACGGAGAUCAAGAUGCUUUCCAAGUGUCAACAUUGCCACGUUGUCGAACUCAUGGGCUAUUGCAACACCAAUGAAGAGAUGAUCCUGGUGUAUGAAUAUAUGUCUCAUGGGUCACUUGCAGAUCAUCUUUACGAAAGUCAAGAUUCCUUGUUGACAUGGGAGAGACGCCUCAAUAUAUGCAUUGGGGCUGCGCGUGGCUUAGAUUACCUCCACACUGGCACGAGCUUAUCAGAUAGGGUCAUCCACCUUGAUGUAAAAAGUGCAAACAUUUUAUUAGAUGAAAAUUUGCAAGCCAAAAUUGCAGAUUUUGGAUUAUCAAAGAUAGGACCUGCAAAUCAACCAUGUUCUGAAGUGAUGACAGAUCAUAUCCGUGGUACUCGUGGAUAUAUAGAUCCUCAAUACCUCAAGUGCCACAAAAUCUCUAGAAAAUCAGAUGUAUACGCCUUUGGAGUGGUGCUAUUGGAAGUAUUGUGUGGGAAACGUCCCAUGGAUGGUAAGAGGGGGGUCUCUGAUUUAGCCAAGUGGAUUCAACAGCAUAUAAGCAAUAGAACCCUUCAUCAAAUCAUUGACCGACGGGUAUUAGGCACAGUUAAACCAGAAUGUCUAGAAUACUUUGCAAACACGACAAGUACAUGUUUGCAGCAAGAACCUGAAAAACGACCAUCGAUGUCAAAAGUGGUUGCCCAACUUGAGUCUGCAUUGGAAUAUCAAACAGGUACAAAUCCAUCAACAUCCAUAGUGGAGGGUGAGAUUUUUCAACAUUUUAAUGCGAUCAGUAACCAGAUGCGUUCAUAUGAAACCUUAGGAAGUGUCUUUGACAAGAAAAAUCAUGGUGUCACUGCUGUAUCGGAAGCAGAAAUCUCCAUUGACUUGGAGGAUUCAGCAAUUUGGUCGAGCAUGGGAUUCAUAACAGAAUAUUUUGGUGAUCUAAAUUUCAUAGUUUGCAUUUGA